UUUUUUUUCGUAUAUUUCUCUAAAUUAUUUUAUAAUUUUUUUGAGUAGAAUAUUUUAUAACAAUUUAAUUUAUCCUCCAUAUUUAUUUGAUUUCUUCCAAACUGGAAUCUUGACACUUCGCUCUUCUCCUCAGUGCAUCUUUGUCUCUCGGACCUGACAUGGGAGCGAUUUUUUAAAAUUAUUGAUCACUAUUCUCUCUCUAUAUCUGCUCUUUCGAAAUAACCAACGACUUUCUCUCUCUAGGGUUUCGAAGGGAUACUUUUACAGAUACAUUUCUCUUCUCCUCCGUGCAUCUUUGUCUCUCACACCCCAUUCUGUACCGUCCCUACAGCUUACAGAACAAGUUUCCGAGUUUAUUGGAUUCCGUAGGUGACGGAAAAAAGAGGACAUCAGUUUAUUUUAACCGCUUCAACGGCCUGUUUGAUCUUCUUUUAGCUGUAAUUUCACCGUAGAUUACAUGUUUCCAGUGAGUUUGAAGCUAAUUUCGUGUUCCAUUUUUUAUUUAUUUCUUUUUCUGGUCGACGGUUUCGUUUUUUCUGCCUGAAGGAUGGAGUUGCUUGCGUAUAAUUAAUUUGUUGGUUAGGGUAUUUCGAAUUGUUUUCUUACUUCGCUCACCAGUUAGACGUCGUUUGUAUCUUAAAAAAAUUAAGCCUGAGGCAAAUAAGAAAAAGAGAAGGGAGGAAAGUCUGAGAGAAAAUAGCAAAAGCUGUUAGGUUCAAAAUUCAUGGUGUUUGGUGUUUGGUAGAUGCUGAAUGAUUGCUAGUAUGGACUUAAAUGCUUCCCCAUUACCUGAAGAUGAGGAAGAAAUAUAUGAAAGACAUAUAGAACAUUACUCCGUACCAGAAGAACACGUAGAAUCUGCAGUUGAAAUUUCAAGGAGGGAACGUGAGGAAAGACGGAAGAAGUUGAAAAGAGACCGACCAGAUGAUCACCCAGUACAUGUCUCUCAGCCUCAAGUACUUGAUCACUUUUAUCAAAAUAGGAAUCCCAAGUUUUAUGAUAAAAGUAGACUCCCUCCUGGUUGGUUGGAUUGUCCUUCUGCUGGUCAGGAAAUAGGUUGCAUAAUUCCUUCUAAGGUUCCGCUUGGUGAAUCUUAUAAUGACUGCAUUCCUCCUGGUAAAAGAUACUCUUUUAAACAAGUGAUUCAUCAGCAAAGAGUUUUAGGAAGAAAGCUUGGUUUAGUGAUUGAUUUGACAAACACAUCUCGUUACUAUCAAACUACAGACCUGAAGAAAGAAGGUAUUAAGCAUGUAAAGAUUCAAUGCAGGGGAAGAGAUGCUGUACCUGAUAACAUGUCUGUUAAUACUUUUGUUUAUGAGGUGUCACAAUUCCUCCUACGUCAGAAAUCAAAGAAAUAUAUUCUUGUCCAUUGCACACACGGGCAUAAUCGCACUGGAUACAUGAUUGUUCACUAUCUCAUGCGAUCACAAUCAAUGUCUGUUUCUCAGGCAAUAAAGAUUUUUUCUGAGGCACGUCCUCCUGGAAUUUACAAACCUGACUAUAUUGAUGCCUUGUAUACAUUUUAUCAUGAAAGACGGCCUGAAAUGGUUUUCUGCCCUCCAACUCCUGAGUGGAAGAGGUCUUCUGAUCUUGAUCUCAAUGGUGAAGCAGUCCCAGAUGAUGAUGAUGAUGGAAGUCCAAUUGCAUUACCUGAGAAUCAUGAAAUGGAUGUAGUGUUGACAAAUGAUGACAUUUUGGGAGAUGAAAUACCUCAGGACCAGCUGCAAUCACUGCGGUUAUUCUGCUACCAUACAUUGAAGUUAAAUGCUGGGGUUAGAGGAAAUGCGCAGUUUCCGGGAUCACAUCCAGUUUCACUCAACAGGGACAAUUUACAACUUUUAAGGCAACGCUAUUAUUAUGCCACUUGGAAAGCAGAUGGAACACGAUAUAUGAUGUUGAUAACUGUUGAUGGAUGUUACUUGAUUGAUAGGAGCUUUAAUUUUCGAAGGGUUCAGAUGAGGUUUCCAUGCAGACACCCAACUGAAGGUAUAGGGGAUGGAACUCAUCAUUUCACAUUGCUUGAUGGCGAAAUGGUAAUUGAUACCUUGCCAGACUCUCAGAAGCAAGAGAGAAGAUAUCUCAUUUAUGAUAUGAUGGCACUUAACCAUACGCCUAUCAUUGAGCGGCCUUUCUAUGAGCGAUGGAAAAUGCUGGAGAAAGAAGUGAUUGAGCCUCGAAAUUAUGAACGGCAUAACAUCUACCAAAGCAGGAAUCCUUAUUACCGUUAUGAUCUUGAACCCUUUAGGGUGCGGAGGAAAGAUUUUUGGUUGCUCUCUACUGUAAAUAAGGUUUUGAAGGAAUUUAUCCCCAAGCUCUCUCAUGAGGCAGAUGGCCUUAUUUUUCAGGGCUGGGAUGAUCCUUAUGUACCUCGUACUCAUGAAGGUCUUCUGAAGUGGAAAUAUGCUCGGCUGAACUCUGUUGACGUUCUAUUUGAGAUUGGUAGUGACGAUCGUGAACAGCUUUUUCUGUUUGAACGGGGGAGAAAGAAGUUGAUGGAAGGGAAUAAAGUUGAAUUUAGAGAUGUUCCAGAUCCCCCUUCUUCUUUCUCUGGGAAAAUUAUAGAGUGUUCUUGGGAUCCUGAUGAACAUGUGUGGGUCUAUAUGCGGAUCAGGACAGAUAAGUCGACUCCCAAUGAUAUCAAUACUUUUAGGAAGGUUAUGCGAAGUAUAAGGGAUAACAUCACAGAGGAAAUCUUAUUAAAUGAGAUAAAUGAGAUUAUUCAGUUGCCCAUGUAUGCUGAUAGAAUAAGGAUUGACAGCAAGGCACGCAUGCAUGCAAAUGCAGCACGACGCAGGUAACCGAACAGCAUGCUGGCUGGUGUGUAGUUGAUUCUAUUGAGGUAUUGGAUGCUUGGGUGUGCCUUUGAUUGCAUGCGUGGUCCAAGUUUCUGUUGGUUGCAACUUGAGAGUUAUGUGCAUACCUAAGCUGGUGAGGGCAUCAUGUAAUUAGCUCUCUCUCCUGUUAGUCUUGUAGGGUGAGUUGUAUGAUCCUGGGUGGUACAUUAGUUGAAUAGUUGGGCCACAUUCAGGUUGGAAACUAUUUUUCUUACAGUCGUUCAGAUGAAGAGGAUUAGAAUUAGGGUAACCAAUGUAUAUUAGUGUAUUCCUUUUUCUAGUUUCUCCCCUGUACUGAUGAUCCCUUGAGUAAUAUUAGAAGUAGCCAUUUUCCUGUCUUCUGUGACUA